CAUGAAGGGCGGGUUGGAGAGCACGAACAAGGCGGUAGUCAGCGCGCGCAAGGCGCGCAAGAAGCGCAUCUGCUGCUUCUGGCUCACCAUCAUCAUCUUGCUCAUCGCCGGCGCCAUUGUCGCCGCCGUUGUCUGCACGUCGGGCGACACAUGCAAGAAGAGCGGCGGCGGCGGUAGCAAACCCCAACGCCGUGCCCUUGUCGAUGUGCUGCUCACACCCCGUGCAGCAGAUGGUGGCGCCUCCGCGUGGGCCGACUUUGCGCACGAGCGCGCGAUGGAUAACAUGGCACGCGAGUUUGGCGCCUUGCUUUGAUUGUACCUUGUGCUGCGCUCUCUCUAUUUCUUCCCGUCACCGGAAGGUCUCCAACCUGCCGGUCGCGGAUGGACCAGGGUGUGGGCAAAAUCUGAUCAGGCAGCGCCCCGUUACGCUUUCACGCGUGGAGCACCAGCCUUCAGCAGACAGAUAGAGCUUUCCAACGAGUGGGAUUGUGUACCAUAAUGAAUACCACAAGUGAUUGGUAGAGAGCGCG